CCACUAAACAUAUUUCAUAAUGGCCUGACAUGUUUACCUCAACAAAACAAGUUUGCCAUCAUAACUCACAUGAGACGACGUUUUUGUAAACAAAUACUACUAAUUUGACAGCCAGCACUACUUUUAUCUUUCCUCUAAAACCCACUGAAGUCUGUUCCUUGCGGAAUAAUGCUAUUAACUACAGACAGACUGCCUCAGGGACAAUAGUGUAAAUCGUCCCACAACAGUGAAUGCAACAUUACUCUGCAGCCCGGGGAAAACAAAAGUUCUCAGCAGCAGUCGUCUUCUCACGGUGCAAUUAAAUAACUGCCAGCUAUCGAUGAAGCAGAAAAUAUUUCGCUAUGCGGUAACAAGCAGACGGCACUGAAAUGAGUCCAACCUGCGAAGUUGUGUUCAUGUUGAAUUUACCAGAGCACAUACACUUGAUGAUCAACGUAGGUUGUGAUCUGUCAGUAACUUGCCUGGGCAUUAGAGAACAUGGCCACCAACAGUGACUCCACCAGUGACCUCGAUGAGGACUUGCCUGUGUUUGACUUCCUCCAGCCUGGUCGACACCUCAGCCAAGCCUCCCAGUGGCCUGCAGAGAAGCCAAACAUUGUUGAUGUGAAUGAUUCUGAUGCAGAAAUCACAGCCAUCUCCUCCACACCUGAUGCAGGUGCAUGCAGGGCAAAGGCUGAUGUUAUGAUGAUCAGCAGCAAUUCUGAUGACGAUGAACCUUAUGUCCCUUUGGCAAAGAGACUCAAACAGAGACCGUGGAAAGUGAUUAGUGCCUCCUCUGCUGUUGUUAAUGAGAAAGAAGCUGAAAACUAUUCGCCAUCGAAUCUGGUCAGCUCACAGGUCUUUAGGCAGAAUGGAUUUUCCGAGUCAGAGUGCCUGCUCAGCCUGCAUCAGGUGAGAACAGUGCUCCCUAUGACCUCAGGUCGCACAGAGGAUCUCCCUCAGCUACCUCUGAAGCCUCCCUCCAGUGGAAGUAGCAAAGGCGUCUCUUCUGCCAAGAAGAAACUUGCCAAGUGGACAGUGGAGGAGAUCCAGGCCAAACGGGAGGAAGCUCUGAGGAGGAAGCAGGCCAGGGAGAGAAAGCAGCAGGACAAGGAGGCACUCAGGCAGGAACAAGAUAAACAGAAAGCAGAGAGGAAUGCUGCCAAGGCCCUGAGACCAGAGGAGUGUAUCAAACAUAUGGUGGUGGCUAUUGACCCAACUAUCUUACAACUGGAAGGAGGUGGGACUCUGUUGGAGUCUGUGCAGGCUCUGGGUUGUAGCUGUGCCAUAGAGAAGCAACCACUUCCACGCAGUGUCAGCUGGAUGAGACGAACUCCCUGUGCACAGCCAGGUGAUGCAGUCUGUGUACCAGAGGCUCAUGUCAUAAUGCAGAUGACAGUGGAUGACUUCAUCACUCUGGUUCAUAGCUACGUUCAGGAAGAGAGGCAUGGUAUGUCCGACUGUGGUCCCACAUUGACGUCCUGGGUUCAACACCAGCAGAGGCGUAACCCUGGCAAGACCCUUAGCCUGGUGGUCAUUGAGCUAGAGAAAUUCUUCAGAUCACAGAAGUCACAAAACCAGAAGAGGUUUCGAGAGGCUGUCCAGGGUGAGGAGACUAGAGGAGGAAAAGUGAAGAGGAAAAGGAAGAGUGGUGGAGCUGAAUUGCUUUCUCAGGUGUCCCAAGUUGAAGUAGAAGAGGCAGUGGUGCAUCUCCAGCUCCACACUGGUGUCUCAGUCCGCUUCUUGUCUUCCUGGAAGGGCUUCUCUGACCACAUCACCAUGACAACCAAAGCGAUUGCAGAGACCCCUUUCAAGAGUGCGAGGGAGAACACGGGCUUCUCCUUCUACCUGGAGAGUGAGUGGGCGGGGGGCCAGAGAGUGGAUAAAGCUGGUAAGGGCCUGCUGCAGGUGUGGAAGAGACAGAUUCAACAGUUCAACAGAGUCAGUCAGGAUAUGGCUGCUACAAUCUUGGCAGCUUAUCCCUCCCCACAGCUGCUCAAGAAGGCCUACAGUCUGUGCCGGACGGAGCAUGAGCAGGUCUCACUGUUGUCUGACCUUCUGAUUCGUAGAGGAGAGGGCAUCACCUCCACCAGUCGUAGGGUUGGUCCUGAGCUCUCCAAACGCCUCUUCCUCAUGAUGAAUUUCCCUAAUCCUGAGCAGACUCUGGACUCCAACCUCUGAAAUUCAAAGCUUAAAGCUGUUUAUGAAACUGGCAUUUUUGUUGACUGCUAUAAUUAGUCAUUUCUUUUCCUACCAUGUUUGAUGUGCAGGCAAUUCAUUUAGCACUGCACUUCACAGCAACUGCUAUCAAAAUACAAUUUUUACAUUUUUCUAUUACUACUUUCAUAAUUGUCUUUACAAUAGUGCGUUAGGCUGGCUUUGCACUUGUCAUCUCCUCUUUAGAGACACUUUAGAAAGAUGAUGCGACCUUGUAUUAGAGAUACAUAUUAGAUAUUAGAGGCUUAGCUGUAAUCUGGUUUAAUUAGGCAUCAUCAGCAGUAAAACACCUCACCCUCAUAUGUUUUAUCUGCUGGGCAAUUGAACUGCCUGUGCUUUUUGUGUCACUGCAGUCUCCUGUGUCUCCUACCUGUAUGUCCAGCUUAGUUUGUGUUGUUGUGGUGUGCAGUGGUGAAAUGCCACCACAAAUCUGCUUCACUUAACUUUGCAAUGCCCGUGGUCAUUUCCACAGCAUUAGCAAAAAUGGAACCUGACCAAGAAGUGAUGAGAGCUUGGAACAGAAAAAGAGGGGAAAAGACAGAUGGGUAACAAGCUGUUAAAUGGGUUAAAGCGAUGAUCACCAUACCUCACUCUAGGUCCUGCAGGCAGAGGGAUAAACAGUUCAACAGUCUGGUGACACAGAAGGUUUAAUUCAAUAUUAUUUAUAAAGCACCAAUUCACAACAUACACAUGGUAUUCCAGCACCAUGCCAGAUUGUUUGUUUGUUUUUUAAUUAUUAUUUGAACUGGACUAUAAUUUGCUGUUAUAAACUAUAUUUUUAUUUGUUUUUUUUUGGCACUGUAACUGUUUACAUAGUUGUAUUUCAGAAUAAAUAGUGCACAUAUUGUUAAAAGGUGAA